CUCUUCAGCUUUUGCUUUCUCUUCCCUCUCAUUUCUCCCUCUCCCUCUCCCUCUCCCUGUCCCCUCUCUCUCUCUCUCUCUCUCAUCUUCUUGUUCUGAUAUCUGACCUAAUUGUCUGGUCUGUACUGUAUCGACACCGCCAAGAUCGGACCACCACCCUCCAUAUCCAAAGAGAAGAUCCCUCAAGAUCUGUCGUGUCCCUCCAUUAUAGAUCUGAACCGUCGGCAGUAGUGGUGUUGAGCGCAGCCGGAGGAACCGAGUUUUCGGAAGCGCGGACGUUAGAGAUCCUUGCGGAGGAAGGAAGAGGAAGAAGAUGACUCCGGCUAACUUGGCAGGGCAGUUCGGGGACACCACCUACACCAAGGUGUUCGUGGGAGGGCUGGCUUGGGAGACGCAGAAGGACACCAUGAAGAAGUACUUUGAACAGUUCGGGGAGAUUCUGGAGGCCGUCGUCAUCACUGAUAAGGCCACUGGCAGGUCCAAAGGAUACGGCUUCGUGACGUUUCGAGAGCCAGAAGCAGCGAUGCGAGCGUGCGUGGAUGCGUCUCCGGUGAUAGAUGGGAGGAGAGCUAACUGCAAUCUUGCCUGCCUUGGCCUCCAAAGAUCCAAACCUUCCACCCCCAAAACGGGUGGAGGAGGGAGGAAUAUGAGGGGGAUGAGCGGAUUCCAGACAGGAGGGUUUCAUGGAGGCGUGGGCACAGCUUUUGCUUCUGCAGCAACCUUCCCCCAUUAUGCGCUCCAACAAGGCUUCCCAUUUAGCCUUUAUGCUGGGUACUCCUCCUAUUCACCAGAUUACACUUACCCCGCGAACUACUAUAGCGUGUAUGGAGGAGCUGCUGCACAGUACCCAAUGUACGGGACCGGCCCUAGCGGGCUCAUGAAUGGCGCGGCGACGGCAUUUUACCCAUAUCUACAUCUCGCCGGCGAAGGGAGCAGCGGAGGUUCGAGCUACAGUUCGGGCCAGAAUUACGGAGUCCAAUACCCGCAUCACCUCUUCCACUACUCGGCCAUCAACUCGACCUCGGGCUACCCGGCGCAGCACUAUGCGGCCCCCAUGUCUCUCGCACCCACUCCUGCUCUUCACUCAGUUUGUUUUGCUGUGCCACAGGCGUGACGAUGGCGUUGCAUGCCCCGAUACCACAUCGCUAGACUGGACUCAUCGUCUUUUUGGUCCCAAGCCUUCUUUACGUUUUUGCUCAGCCCUUCUCUGAAGCCUCAAAGACCUUAAAAGCCUAACCAUGGUUCUGUGUCUCUCUCUCUUUAUCUCUCUCUAACACUCAUGAGCCCAUGCCUUCGGCAUUCUCGGGCCAUCUCAUUCAUGCCAAGCCCUCUGUAGGGGUCAAAAAAUCACACCUCCGAGAGAAUUGGAGUGUGUUUCAUGCAUCAGCAUCAUCAUCAUCUCCUUGCAUUUUUUUUCCAAACAAGGAUUCAUCAUGACCAGCUCAAGCUAUGUUAUGGAAAUAGCCCAGAGUUGGGAGGAGAAAGAAAAAAAGCUCUUUUCUUUUUUCAAAGUCUUGGCUCCUGGGGGAGCCUUUGACUACUGAGAAGAUUAUUUUAGCCCUUGGGAAAGAGGCUAAGAAGAGAAAAAAGAAAAAUGAAGAAACCCUUCAAAAAAGGUUUGCUAAAAAUCUGUAAAUUUCUCACCAACCAAAAGAAAACAAAUGGCAAGCCCAUCCUCACUUUUGGAAGUUUGACUAGUCUAGGCUAGGCUAGGAAACUGGCUAAUCCGUCCAAAUUACUCGAAAACUAAUCACCUCUCAAAAUGAAGGGUUAGUUUUAGAAAAAGAAAUUUCGGGCCAGGUGGGCCCCAAAUUUUGUUUGUGUUAACAUGUAGUACUGUCUUAAACAUCUGUAAUUAGCACUAGGAGUUAGCCGGGCAUUUGUUAAAUACUUCAUCAUCAAUGGUGAAUUCUCACAUAAACUAUCUACUAAUCAACCAUCAUCCCUUAGGGUAAGGGAACAUAGUCAUGUUUUGUUAUUUUUUGCUCAAUACCCUUUUUUCUUCUGUAGCAUGAAUGGGGGUUGAACCAUGGGAGGUCAAGCCCCAACAAUGUAGAGACAAGUAGAAGGAUUAGAAUAGGACUUUCUCCCCUUUUGCAUCUAGGCUUGUAAUAACUGACCAUAACUUUGAGGUCUCCAUUAAUGGAAGAUGGAGCUCAAAGCAUUUUGCAUGCAACCCAGAUUGGGAUAUAUUUUGUUUCCCUUGGGUUCUCCUCCGCUGACACCCUUUCAAGUUUCAACCAUGGUUAGGACUUUAAGCCGUCAUCAUCAUCCUUUCUCAUUGAAGCUCCCGCUUUUCCACCCUCCCACUCUCUUCCUGUCUCUCUUCCAUUGAUCUUCUCCAUCGCAUCAGCUCUCUCUCUCUCUCUCUCUCUCUCCCUCACACCGCCCUCCCCCCAACACACACCCCCCCUCCCCCAAAAAAAAAAAAAAAAAAAAAAAAAAAAAAACCCACUCGUCUCCGUGAAAACUUUCGUUUAUUAAUUCUGUGGACCUUGAUAAUGUCGUCGAUGUAUUUACAAGACUGCUUGGAUUGUAAUGUUUAGCUAGCAUGCUAUGUUGGAUAUAAGUGGUUCAUUCAUCAUUCAAGGUUGGAUGAGGAUGAAUCAGCUACUCCUUUCCUAAGUUUAUUGCCUUAAAUCGAGACUUCUGUGCGUAUUAUGUUGUUU